CUCGCCCCAGUCCGCUAAUCAAACUAAAGCUGGAUUUCUAGAGAUCGCAAAGGUGGUAAAUCGCCGCGGGUGCAAGACAGAGGAAGCAAAGAUCUGUCAGUAGCAGGAGGAGGGGUAAAAACAUAGGGAUCGAUUGGGCAAGGGAUCAACUGAGCAGUCUGCUCUGCUGAUCACAGUCUCGCCUAUAUAGGUAUGCUGCAAUGGGUCUAACUAAAGCCCCACUUGGUAUUGCGGCUGUUGCUCUUUGUGGUCUUGUGAGCUGCAAAACGACAUCCCCUUUUGUUGCCAAAUCAUUCUCCCAGAUCCUAGGAAAUGAAAAGGGAUGCAACUGGGUUUUCUCAGAGCCAUGUGUCUUUUGAAGAUGUAGCUGUGUAUUUUAUGGAGAGUCAGUGGACUCUGUUGGAUCAUCAUCAAAAGGCUCUUUACUGGGACGUCAUGCAGGAAAACUUUGAAAAUGUGACCUCUGUGGGAUUUCUAGCAGUCAAACCCGACCUGAUCUCCCAACUGGAACAAGAGGAAGACCCGUGGAUUCCAGAUCAGCCAGCCUUGGAGCAAAGGGACAUUAUAGCAGAACCUAGUGCAGAGUUCCCCAAUGCAAUGAUAAAAGUGGAAAUAGAGGAGGAGCGACGGGUCCUGGAUCACCGGGAAUCUAAAGAUGAUAAGAUCUUCCCAGAAACCAGUUUAGCAAAAUCUCCUCAUCUGGAUGCAAUGUCUCAGAUGGAAAAAGGGGAAACCCCAGGAAUUCUACAUCAGUUCAAAUCAGAAAAGAAUAUUCCAUUGAAUUACCAUUCAGAAUCUCACCUUCUUAAUCUGAGCAUGAUCUCCCAGGUGGAAAAGAGGGAAGAACUAGAGAUGCUAGACCAGCUGCAUGUGGAGGAGGGGAAUAUCCCAUUGGAUCACAGCUCAGAAUUGCCUGACAUUAUCAUAAAGGAAGAGGAGCCCUGGAUCCAGGAACCUGAGGAGAGUACAAGCCUUGCUGAUGACCAGUCAGGGUUUCCUGCUGUAAUAAUAAAACUGGAACCGAAAGAGGAGCCAUGGCUCCCUGGUCUCCAGGUAUCUGUAGAAAACAUGACUGUUUCAAGUGACACAUGGGGCAAUGGGUGUAUAAAAGAGGAAGAUGAUCUCCCAUCAAAAAAUGCCAACCAAGUGACAGUAAAUGAGACAUUGUUAGGAACUGCCUCCCAGUAUCCAAAGGAGGUCCAUGGAACUGGAAAAAAAGUAGAGAGGUCUCAGGGGAACAUGCCAAGGAAGAAAGUGGGGAAAGUUUUAUUUUGUGCAGGAAGUGACGUCAUUGAAGCACAAGUCCAAAAGAGUGUUCACAAGCCUGGGAGAAUGCUUCUUAAAGGUGAGGAAUCUUAUAAACACUUGGACAGUGAAAAGAAAUCCAGCUUGAGAUAUUAUUUGAUCUCCCAUGGGAGAAGCCACGCAGGAGACAAACUAUAUAUAUGUUCAGUCUGUGGGAAAAAGUUCUUUCGGAGAUCUCAUCUUAUUAGACAUAAAAUAAACCAUACAGUAGAGAAACCAUAUAUAUGCUCAGUCUGUGGAAAAAGCUUCAAUCAGAGAUCUCAUCUCAUUAGCCAUGAAAGGACCCAUACUGGAGAAAAACCAUAUCCGUGCUCUGUCUGUGGUAAAAACUUGAGUCGAAAAGCUCUUCUUAUCAGACAUGAGAGAAUUCAUACAGGAGAAAAACCAUAUAAAUGCUCUAUGUGUGGUAAAAGCUUCUGUCAGAGCUCUGGUCUUAUUGCACACAAGAUCACCCAUACAGGAGAAAAACCAUAUGCUUGCUCAGUCUGUGAGAAAAGCUUUAGUCGCAAAGCAAGCCUUAUCAGACAUGAGAGGAUUCAUAUGGGAGAGAAACCAUAUACAUGCCCAGUGUGUGGCAAAAAAUUCAGCCAGUGCUCUGGUCUCCUUCAGCAUGAAAGAAUUCAUACCGGAGAGAUCCCGUACAAAUGCUCCAUCUGUGGCAAAAGCUUCAGCCGUAAAGACUGCCUUCUGGGACAUGAGGGAAUCCAUACAGGAGAGAAACCAUAUGCAUGUUCAGUCUGUGGGAAGAGCUUCAACUGGAAAAGUUACCUGACAGUCCACGAGAGAAGCCAUACUGAAGGCAAAUCAUACAUAUGCUCAGUCUGUGGGAAAAGCUUCAGCCAAAGAUCAAAUCUUAUUAGCCAUGAAAAAACCCACACACAAGAAAAAACAUAUACAUGCUCUAUCUGUGGGAAGAACUUCAUUCACAAAGUAAGCCUUAUUAGACAUGAACGAGUUCAUACAGGAGAGACUCCGUACAAAUGCUCAGUCUGUGGGAAAGGUUGCAGUGGGAGAACAAAUCUUAUUUCACAUGAAAGAACUCACACAGAAGAAAGACCGUAUGCAUGCUCAUUCUGUGGUAAAAGUUUCAAACAAAGAUCAAACCUCACCAGUCAUGAAAGAAUCCAUACAGGAGAGACACCCUUUACAUGCUCUGUCUGUGGUAAAAGCUUCAGUUGCAAAGCAAACCUUCUUGGACACAUGAGAACCCACACGGGAGAGAAACCAUAUCCAUGCUCAGUUUGUGGGAAAAGCUUUGGUAAUAAAUCACAGGUGGUUAUACAUGAGAGAAUUCAUACAGGAGAAAAACCAUAUACUUGUUCAGCCUGUGGGAAAAGAUUCAAACACAGAACAAGCUACAUUGAACAUCAAAAGAUCCACACACAAGAAAAACCAUAUACAUGCUCAGUCUGUGGAAGAAACUUCAGUCGUAAGGAACACCUGAUUAUCCAUGGGAGGAUCCACACAGGGGAGAAACCAUAUUCCUGCUCCAUCUGUGGAAAAAGCUUCAAACAAAAGUCAAGCCUGACUUCCCAUGAGAGGAGCCACACAGGAGAGAAACCACACACUUGCUCAGCCUGUGGCAAAAGUUUCAAUAGAAAAUCAAACCUCAUUCACCAUGAGAGGAUUCAUACUGGAGAGAAACCACAUGCAUGCUCUGUCUGUGGUAAAAGUUUCAGGAGUAAAGCCUACCUGAAGAGACAUGAAAAAAUCCACGCAAGAUAGAUACACACUCAAGAAAAUCCAUUCAUAAGCUCUGUCUACUUCGGUGGGUAAAAAAAGUUGAUUGUGCAGAGAAAGUCAAUUCAGGAGAGGUAUUAUAAACAUAAAUAGUGCAGCACAAGAGCUCAUGGAAUAUUAAGAAAAACUAGAGUAAGUCUAGUUCAGACUGGUUUUGGCUACUUUAGUAGGUUCAUUUGGGAUUGGAGAAAAAAAAGAAAAAAAGCCACACUUUCAAACAGUUCAUUACCUCAUUUAUAUUGUAGAGAAAGAACACAUGUAUGUUGUGACAAAACUUUUUUUGCAGGUCUAACCUUACUGAAAAAUUAAGAAGAAAAGUUACAAGGUAAGGAAGAUGUAAAGAGGUAAGUUGUCAGUGAUACACAAAUCUUCACUAGAGGACAAAAUGAAAGAGAGACUUUUCUAACGGUUCUUACCAUUCCCAGUGGUCUUUGUAGCAUAUCUCCAGUGCUAUUUGCUCAUGUGUGUCAGUAUUACCAAUCUGUGGGUCCAGCUUUUGUGCAGCCCUGUUUUUAAUGGACAGUUUUCCUUAUGAUUUCAAAUCCUCCUCCUGUUUUUUUUAGUACUGAAUUCCAGAUGGUUGUCUGUCUAUUUUUUUUUGUUCUAUGGCAUUUUUAUGUGAGAUGUGUGAAAGAAUACUUGUUUGGAUUACUUUGGCUGCAGAUGCUUUAUGUAACUUAUUAAAUAAAGUGUUUGACAUUUUGGCUAAUAUGGAACCUACAUGGCGUGGUUGUUACGAGAUAUAAUCAUUUUUCGUCUCUGCAACUGUGAAAGCCUGGGAUUAUAUGGUAUUUCAGUUCCUGCUCCAGUGCCCUGUUCUUAAGCACCUCUGUAAGCUUAACUAGCACCAAGCUAUGUCUCCUAUUCAUGGCUAUCCUAAGAACACUUUCCUAGGAGUCAGUCUAUUGACUAACCCAGGGUAGGAUUCUGAGUAGACCUGUUUAGGACUGCUCACUUAGGCAUUUAAGCCUGCUAAACAUGGGUAGAACUUCACAGUUUUAAACUUACCACCCACCCACCCCAACCCAAUUGCCCACAUUGGAACCAGGAAACAGGAUGAACACUUAAACAUAAAAAAGUUAAAUCCUACAGGGUACAUUUCUUCAUUGGGGAACUUUCUGGUAUACGUAUGGUUUAUUUUUCUGUGUGUCACUUUAAAAAGUAUUUCCUUUCUGGAUCUGUAUAAUAUUUACUAACUUUAUAGACCACCUUUCACUCUAAGACUUGGGGCAUGUUACAAAAUAUUUUUAAAAAUUAUUGAACAGUGCAAGGCAUUCAAUAAACAAUGCAAUAGGACUAAGAUUACCAAAUGAGAAAACAAUGCAGACAGAGAGCUGACCAAGGCGUA